AUGGAAGGGAGCUUCUCCACUGAGCUACAGACGGCCCGAAGUCUGGCUCUUGUCUGCAAAUACGACCAGGCCCAGGUCCAGUAUGCGUUCGUCAUCAACGAGCUGACUCGAAUGCUCCGCACCUUCACCGGCCCGGAGGCCUUUCUCCACCGGGAAAAGCUUGAGCUGGCUCGAGCGGAACUGCACAAAGAGCUGACCCUGGUCAAGCAACUGGAAGCCCGUCGUGCCGAGCUCAGGUCUCGUGCUGGCCCGGUGGUGCGGCGCCUUCUGCCCGCUCGUGAGCCGGCGGCCGCCCCGGAAAAACGCCCACGCUUUGAUCCCGCGCCCGCACCGGCCUCCCCGCGCCGGGUAGUGGCCCCCGCCCGGCACUCGCCCCUCCGCAGCGCGGCUCCCGCCUCCACAAUCGGCCAAACAACACCAGUAUCGCGGCCCAGCCGGCCGGCCGGGUACAUCCCCCCGUCAGUGGUGUCGCCUUCGCGGAAUAUGGCCACCGGGGCCGGCCCUGCCGGCACUUCGGCCGUCUCCGGCCCGGAGAAUCUGUACAACCGCGCGCGCGACAUGGCCGCCCGACGCCAGGCGGCUGCCGCCGGCGGGACCGGCUCUCAGGCAGCCGCCCGGACGACGGCCCCCACACCGGCACGGCCAACACGUGCGGCUCUGGCCGCCCGGUUUGCGCCUCCGGCCGAUGUCGGCCUCAUGCCCACGGCCCUCGGACACCGGGUGAGUCUGCCCGGCGGUGGGGUGCCUGCCUCGGGCGCUGGUGCUGGCGCCGGCGCCGGCGCCGGGCCACGUACUCCCGGCCCCGGUGCUGGGCGGAUACAACACCACCAGCCCGCCGCCAACAAUCCACCCACCCCACGCGGCCCGGGGACCAUGGAAUCGGACCUGCUGCCGGGCGAGCAGGCGCCCCUCAUCCGGCGCUUCGUGCCCUCCUCCACCGCUGACCAGGAGUUGGUUGACAUGCUGGAGCGGGAGAUCCUGGUCCGGGACACGCGCGUCCGGUGGGAUGAUGUGGCUGGCUUGGACUCGGCCAAGCUGCUUUUGCGCGAGGCGGCAGUCUUGCCGCUGCUCAUGCCGCAGCUCUUCCGCGGCAUCCGCCGGCCCUGGCAGGGGGUCCUGCUGGCCGGUCCACCUGGCACCGGGAAGACCCUCCUGGCCAAGGCCGUGGCCGCCGAGUCGGGGACCACCUUCUUCAAUAUCACGGCCGCCACGCUGGCCAGCAAGUAUCGGGGCGAGUCGGAAAAAUUGGUCCGACUUCUCUUUGAGAUGGCGCGCUUUUACGCCCCGAGUGUGGUCUUCAUUGAUGAGAUUGAUUCGCUGUGCUCGACACGCGGCAGUGCCGGCGAGCAUGAGGCCUCGCGUCGAGUCAAGUCUGAGCUACUCAUGCAGAUGGAUGGGGCCGGUGGAUUUGGGUGA